GCACCUUCGCCCAUCACCGAUGGCAGUUUCCCAAGGCCAUGGCCCAAGCGUUGCUUCUGGUCCAGGCGCGCCGCUCAACAUCCAGCAUCGGCUUUUAAAUACCGUGCGUGCAGCAGUGCAGAGCUCGUGUAGUACUCAUCAGGUCGCGUUGGCACACUCUUGCGCUAGUUCGUCUGUUCAUCAGUAACACCUCGAGGAGCCAAAAACAGCCAACAAUCUCUAUUAUGGCGACAGCGGCAGCUGCAACUAUUAUGUACUGCGUUCCCGCCGCGAGCGCCAUCCGGUGCUGCCGGACUUUCUCCCCGCCGAUCAAGACCGAUGCCCCGCGCGUCGCUUCCCCCGCGCCGCGACCGGCGGCGAUCCUCGCGUGGGGCGCGGGCGCGGGCGCCGCACGGGUCGCGAGCAGGGGCCGGUUCAGGGCGUCGGCGGCCGUGCACAAGGUGAAGCUGGUCGGGCCCGACGGCUCGGAGAGCGAGCUGGAGGUGGCCGAGGACACCUACAUCCUCGACGCCGCGGAGGAGGCCGGGCUGGAGCUGCCCUUCUCGUGCCGCGCCGGGUCGUGCUCCUCGUGCGCGGGGAAGCUGGCGUCCGGCGAGGUGGACCAGUCGGACGGCUCGUUCCUGGACGACGCGCAGAUGGCAGAGGGGUACGUGCUCACCUGCGUCUCCUACCCCAGGGCGGACUGCGUCAUCUACACGCACAAGGAGGAGGAAGUACACUAGAGUGGAGCUACGGAGUAACGCAGCAUUUGUAGACAGUGGCUAUUCCAACCGUGGAUGUUCAGAGAGAUUAUGAAGUUCUACAGUUAAUCUGUGCGUUUCUUGAACGGUCUGUUUGUUUAACCCUCUCUACGUUGUCUAUCAUGUGGGAUUGGUAGCUCAGAGAUGGACGCC